ACAAGAAUACCAAAGAAGAAGACGAGGAAGACGAUCAAAACAAGAUUGAGCCUUCGUCACCUUCGGUGAUGCCUCUUCCAAGACCACCCGAUCAUCUGCUGCCUGCAACGCCGCAUCUUAAAAGAUACACCAACGAACAUCAUAAUAAUAUUUUAAGUUCGAGCACACCAUUACCUCCAAUGAUGCCUUCGCUAACCUCGACAUUACCGCAAUGCAAGAUAAUCCCUUUGAAUGCCAUGGAAAAUAUUGCUGAAUCGGAGGUAGAUAUAUCAGCGAGAUAUCCAUAUGGAGUAGCGGACGUUGAUGAAUUGAGCAGCUUCGAAACAACGGAUAUAUCUUGUCCCUCUCAGACAUCUCAGCAAAGAAUGACGUCAAAUCCUCUUCUAAGGAGAAAUCAGUACUGGGUCUAGCACGAAUGCCGUCCCCAGCUUCAACAAGCGGGGAGAUAUUCGUAGCGAAUACAAAAAACUACACAAAGUUCAAUGAGACAAUGUAAGAAUAAGUCGGUGAGAUAUCGACUUGAAGACGUAGAGAUUAGCGAAUAGCUACAAUGGCUUGAAUAAAUCUUUAUGAACAAGCUGCGAAGCAGACUCUCAAGUGUUAAAAUACGAACUACGAAAUUAUUGUGCCUAUUCGUGCUAAAAUUAUGUGUUAAUGAAAAUU